AUGCAAGAAGUGAUUGAAGGUGUGAGGAUACUCUUUGCAGAAGAUGGUGUGGAGGAACAUGUUCUGAAAGACUUGAAGCAGCUUUGGGAAACCAAGGUGAUACAGUCUAAAGCAACAGAAGGCUACUUCAGACAUAGACCCUAUCCUCCACUGUUCACCCUGCAGCCAGCACACAGUUUUCCUGGCGUUCUGCAGGCUUCAGCAGCUUCUUGUCUCAUUCCAGCUGGCAGAGAUUUCCAGAAUUUUGCAGCAGCAGAACUCGGGCCUCCACAAGCAGCUGCAACUCUUGCUCUCCCUUUGGAUGUUGCUUAUCCUAUACAUGUACCAGCUGGAGUGAUGCUACAGACAACAUCUGGGCAACUUUAUAAGGUAAAUGUGCCUGUUAUGGUUACACAGGCCUCAGAAGAUAAAGGUAUUCUACAUCAUCCUGUUUGGCAGAUAUCUCAUCCCCUUGGGCAACCUUCAGUUCUGCAAGACAGUGUUGCACAAGUGAAUGCAUCUUCUGCCCAGACAGCUGGUGACACAUUGCAACAGGCUAUGGCAUUUGAACCAAACAUUGUGGAAAAAACACACCUGAACAGCUCUGCUACAUUGGUCCAGCAGCCUUCUGUGAGUCAGCAGGAGCUUGCAACUAAUGCAGUGUUGAAUCAGUGUGCAGGCUCCACAGAAAAAUCCCAGCAUAACAAUCUUCACACAGCUGUGUUUGCUCCAGAAUCCUCUGAAGGGCUUUUUCUCAAUGAAUCCUUGGCAAACAACUCAAGCAGUGUUCUGCUGGAUGCAGAGGGGCAGUUAGAGCCUCAGGAACAUCAGGUGUCUGAUAUCAUUGACCUGAUUAUUGCAGGUGAAAGUUUGGAUGAUAAUGCAUUUCUGAAGGAUCAAGGCAGCAUUGCUUCCUCUGGCAAGGUAAGGCCUACUGAGCAGACAGAAUCUAAUUUACAAUCAGAGAAGAAUAUCUGCAGUGACAUUGAAGGCAUGAUUCAGCUGGGUGGUACUGGUCCUGAUUCUCCCAAGGAAGAAAUACCACAUACAAAAGAUCAGGAAGAGAAUGAACUAAUUUGCCUUAUUGAAUCAGAGGAUCUAAAAGUUCUGGAUGAUGAGAAAGAUGAUGGUGAAGAAUGUGACAAUACUUCAGACACAGAUUCUAACAGAAGUGGUGGUGAUAAUGAAGAGCUCCAAGUAGAUACAGUGGAGGAGGAACUCUUAAAUUCUGAUGAUGUCAGAGAACAGGACAUUCCAGACUUGUUUGAACCUGCCAAUGUGAUCAUUUGUCAAUAUGAAAAGAUAUGUCAAAAUAAGAACAAAUGGAACCUCUACUUAAAAUGUGGAGUGAUGACCUUUGAGGGUAAAGGCUAUCUUUUUGCAAAAGCCAUUGGAGAUGCAGAGUGGUGA